AUGGCAGACAGCGCUCCCAAAGAAGCCGAGCCGGAGCGGCGCGAGGCUCUUGACAUCCUCGACGCCAAAGCCUCUCAGUUGGCGAACCUAAUCAAGAAGAGCAAGCACUUCAUUGCCUUUACCGGUGCAGGUAUCUCUACCUCUGCAGGAAUUCCCGACUUCCGCGGACCUGAAGGUGCCUGGACACUCAGAGCCCAGGGAAGGCAGAGAACGGGCAAGACGACGGACACGCUCCAGGCCAUCCCUACCAAGACGCACAUGGCGCUCGUCGAGCUGCAGGACCGCGGCAUAUUGAAGUAUCUCGUCAGUCAAAACUGCGACGGCUUGCACCGGAAGAGUGGAAUUUUACCAGAGAAGAUUUCCGAGCUUCAUGGAAACAGUAACCGCGAGUAUUGCAAAGACUGCGACUUCCGCGCCGUAGCAACCUACGAAAAAUCAAUCCGCGACCACCGCACCGGCCGCAAAUGCCCCCUCUGCAACGGCACCCUCCUCGACACAAUCAUAAACUUUGGCGAAUACCUCCCCGCCCAACCCCUCGCCCUCGCCCGCUCCAACGCACGAAAAGCAGACCUCUGCCUCGCCCUCGGAUCUUCCCUGACCGUGCCCCCCGCCUGCACGAUCCCUGAGACCGUCGGCAAGAAGAAGCGCACAAAGACGUACCCGGACGGCGGGACGCUCGUGAUUUGCAACUUGCAGAGUACCCCGCUGGAUGACCUGAGCGAGGAGCUCCGCGUAUGGGCUACGACGGAUGAUUUGAUGGAUCGGGUCAUGGAGAAACUCGAAAUCCCUAUCCCGCGGUUUGUGCUGAGGCGGAGGUUGGUGGUUGAGGUUGAGGCGGUAGGGGAGGAGAGGUAUCAGCUUACGGCGAGGGGGGUGGAUGUCGACGGCACGCCCGCGAGCUUUUUGCAGUCUGUGAGGAUGCAAGGGAACAGGCGCGUUGCGCGGACUGAGCCAUUUAAAAUUCCUUUCCGGGGCGAGGUGGUUGGCGAGACGGAGGUCAAGGUGGAACUGGAGUUUAUGGGACACUAUGGCGAGCCUGUCUUGGAGAUUGGGAUGAAGUAUAACGGAGAGGAGAAGCUGGAGAGGAUGUAUCUGCUGGAAUAUGAUCCUUCGACUGGGGCUUGGAAGGUUAGUACACAAGAUGAUGGGACUUUUGCUAGGCGGGGUGGCACGGCCUGGACAGACGAGGACAUGGAGGAUUCCCUGAUGAUUUCGGCCGAGGACGCGGGUGUGCCUAGCCAUAUCAUCGCCUCGUCUGCGGCCAGUGAGGUCAUCGACCUAACUUCACCUUGA